CUGAACUGUGAGAGCACCGAGUGUUUAUCAGUAGUAGUCUGGUCUUUUUCAGUGCCUGCAGAAAAGAAGGGGAGGGGCUGAUUAAAUAUGGUAAUGAUCGUUACACAUUUACAUACAAACAAGGAAUGAGGCAAAGAUGGCUAAAGAGUUUGCUGUGAGCUGUGUGGAGGGUUGUGUGGUGAUACAGAUGCGCUGGGGCGAGAACAGACUCAACCCUGACUUCAUCUCCGCCAUGAACAGUGCUUUGGACAAGGCAGAAAGCUACGAGGACGCCAAGGCAGUGGUGACAAUAGGAGAUGGUAAACACUAUUGCCUGGGGCUGGACCUUGACUACCUGUCUACUGCACCAGCUGACGAUGCUCUUAUGUUCUCUGAGAAUCUGCAGAAACUACUGUUGAGGAUUCUCACCUUCCCACUGGUAACCGUGGCAGCCAUCAACGGUCAUGUCUACGCUGGUGGAGUAUUUGUGGCCAUAUCACAUGACUACACGAUCAUGCGUACAGAGAGGGGGUGGUUCUGCCUCAACGAAGUACACAUUAAGAGGAACUUCACUGUCGCCUUUAUGAAGCUCGGAAAAGCUCGUCUCCCACAGCCCCAGCUACAUGCAGCCCUCAUUCUCGGUACACGCUACACCGCUGAGGAAGCACUAGCUGCUCAGAUCAUCAACGAGACGUCCCCUCAUGACCAGCUGUUGGAGAGAGCCAUAGCUGCAGGUCGCAGGCUAGCAGGGAAGAAUGGGCUGGAUAGAGCUACUCUUGCUAAUCUAAAGAAAGACACUUACAGAGAUGUGUGUAUUGCCCUCAGUGAAACUACUAGAUUUUAUUCCAAGCUGUAAUAAGAAAUUUUGUUAUGUAGGAAUGUGUGCAGAAAAGUAAUUUGUCAAUUUUUAUAAUUCUAGGUUCUUACCUUUUCUGAAUUGUUGAAGUGAUGUUAGUUUCUGAUUA